AUGGUUCGGCGCAAGUGCCUGGAGCGGGCGGCCUUCUUCGGCAUUGUCGCCAACUUGGUGCUCUACCUCAACAGCAGCACCUUCAACUGGGGCGGGACCCAGGCGUCCCGCGCCUCCCUGCUCUUCCUGGGGGCAUCCUACCUGCUCUCGCCCAUCGGCGGCUGGCUGGCGGAUGUCUACCUGGGCCGCUACGGCACUGUGGCCCUGAGCUUCUUGCUGUACCUCCUGGCAGCUUGCCUGCUGCCCACCAUGGCCUCACUUGAUGGGCGCCUCUCCCUGUGUGGGCAGAUGUCCUCCUACUCCAUCCAAAAUUGCUCCGUGAAUGACACUGGGAUGUGCCCAGGGCAGCCCCAGUACCAGUACUGUGCCCCCGUGGUCUACUCUGGCCUCCUGCUCUUGGCUCUGGGUGUCAGCUCUGUCAGGGCCAACCUCACCUCUUUCGGCGCUGACCAGGUGACUGACCGGGGUGAGGACACCACACGGCGCUUCUUCAACUGGUUCUACUGGAGCAUCAACAUCGGGGCUGUCUUCUCCCUCCUGGUGGUGGCCUUCGUCCAGCAGAACAUCAGCUUUCUGGCCGGCUACCUUAUCCCUGUUGCCUGCCUGGCCUUGGCCCUCCUCAUCUUCCUCCUGGCCACCCCCACCUUUGUUACCAAGCCCCCCACGGGCAGCCAAGUCUCUAUCAUGAUCAAACUGGCCUUGCAAAGCUGCGGCUGCACCUGGCUGGGGGGCACCAGGACCAGGCUGAGCACUCGCUGGUCACAGGCUGGGGCCAGGGAGCCUUUCCCCAACAGCAGACCACAGCCCGGGGCUCCAACACAUGAGGAGGACCUUGCCAACUUCCAGGUGAUGGCCAAGAUCCUGCCCAUGAUGCUGACUUUAAUCCCUUACUGGAUGGUCUACUUCCAGAUGCAGUCGACCUAUUACCUGCAGGGCCUGCACCUCCACAUCCCUAGCAUCUUCCAGCAUGGCCAGACCCAUGCCAGCACCACCCACAACUACAUGUUCCCAGAUGCCUGGCUCCUGCUGGCCAAUGUAGUGGUCUUACUGGCUUUGGUGCCACUGAAAGACCGUGUCAUUGACCCCUUCCUGGUGAGGCGGAAGCUGCUGCCAUCAGCGCUCAAGCGGAUGUCCCUGGGCAUGUUCUUUGGCCUCGCCUCCAUCCUCACAGCAGGUGUCCUGGAGAGGGAGCGGCUGCAGUAUGUGCAUCGCAACCAGACUGUCUCACAGCGCAUUGGCAAGGACAGUUACCUGGCCGCCUCGCUGCCUAUCUGGUGGCAGAUCCCCCAGUACCUGCUCAUCGGCAUCAGUGAGCUGUUUGCCAGCAUCCCGGGCCUUGAGUUUGCCUACUCUGAGGCCCCCAAGUCCAUGAAAGGAGCCAUCAUGGGUCUCUUCUUCUUCAUCUCUGGGGUGGGCUCGCUCCUGGGCUCUGGACUUUUGACCCUCCUCUCACUGCCUUCCCAUGGGUGGAUGCACUGCCCAGAGGACUAUGGGAAUAUUAACAACUGCCGCAUGGACUAUUACUUCUUCCUGCUGGCGGGCAUCCAGUCAGUCACCUGCCUCCUCUUUGCUUGGAUCUCCAUGCACUAUGAAAAACAGCCACGGCAGCCCAGCACUUGCCACCAUUGCAUGGAGCAGGAGGAAGACUGACACCAUGAGAGGUGAC